UUUUUUUUUUUAACCACAGCUCGUUAUUUUCCUUUUUUAAAUCAUCAAAUGAAAUCAUUCCGGCAGCUUUGCACCUUGAUUUUAUCUCUAUGUUCCUCUCUAUAAGACGUUGUCCGUUAAUAAUUCCAGCGCGCGGAGCCAACAACACGCCGUUUGGAGUAAAAAUAACCUUCCUUCCGGACCUCCUUCACACCUCUCCUAGACCUGUACAGUUACGGCUCACAGCGCGCAGCGCUCAGACACCAACGUGCAUGUCGCGAGCGAGAAGAAAGCACGAGCCUCUUUUCUGGGGUCCGUGGGCUGGUCUCUCGUCCUCGCCGCUCGCCGGGAGUGAGCGAAAGUUUUAAUUGUUCGAGGGGGGCGUAACUGAUCAGUGCCCAAUAAAAAGGGACCGAGGCGGACAGCUGCAUAAAAACACAGGAGCGCGAAGCCUGCUUCCAAAGCCCUCGUCGGAAGUACGCAGGACACGCUGACAGCCGCAUCGCCGAAGGACGCACGACGGAGGUGCGAUGACUUCCAGUAAGAUCGAGCUCCCCGCCGAGGUGAAGGCAGACGCCGCCGCCCUCCUGGGGUCGCUCCACCUGGCACCUUCUCCGCUGCCCAACCUGGAGAUAAAGCACACCAAGAUAUUCAUAAACAAUGAGUGGCAAAAUUCAGUAAGUGGAAAAGCCUUUCCAGUUUACAAUCCUUCCAAUGGAGAGAUGAUUUGUGAAGUUCAAGAAGCAGACAAGGCUGACGUAGAUAAGGCUGUUCAGGCUGCCCGUCUGGCAUUCUCACUGGGCUCUGUGUGGCGAAGGAUGGAUGCCUCUGAUCGUGGAAGACUGCUGUCUAAACUAGCAGGCCUUGUGGAGAGAGACCGCACAUACCUUGCAACACUAGAGUCACUGGACAGUGGGAAACCUUUUCUGCAAACCUUUUUUCUGGACCUUGAAGGAACCAUAAAAACCCUACGAUACUUUGCUGGAUGGGCGGACAAGGUCCAUGGCCUAACAAUCCCAAUGGAUGGAGACUAUUUUUCAUUCACCAGGAAUGAACCCAUCGGUGUUUGUGGACAGAUCAUCCCAUGGAACUUCCCUCUAAUGAUGACUGCUUGGAAGCUGGCCCCAGCCCUCUGCUGUGGCAACACUGUGGUCCUGAAGCCAGCUGAGCAGACGCCACUGAGUUGCCUCUACAUGGGAGCUCUCAUUAAAGAGGCUGGGUUUCCACCAGGAGUUGUCAAUAUUGUGCCAGGAUUUGGGCCAACAGCCGGUGCAGCCAUUGCCUGUCACAUGGGCAUCGACAAAGUGGCUUUCACAGGAUCCACUGAGAUUGGAAAGCUGAUCCAAGAAGCAGCUGGAAGAAGUAAUUUGAAGAGAGUAACACUGGAACUUGGAGGAAAGAAUCCCAAUAUCAUUUUUGCAGAUGCAGACUUGGAUGUGGCUGUGGAGCAGGCCCACCAGGGUGUUUUUUUCAACAACGGACAAUGCUGCACUGCAGGAUCUCGUAUCUACGUUGAGGAGCCCAUCUAUGAAGAGUUUGUGCGCCGUAGUGUGGAAAGGGCCAAGCGGAGGGUGGUGGGGAAUCCAUUUGAUCCCACCACUGAACAGGGUCCACAGAUCAGUUUGGAGCAACAGAAUCGUGUCCUGGAAUUUAUUCAGAGUGGGAUGAGAGAAGGGGCCAAGCUAGAGUGUGGAGGGAAAGCCUUUGGUCUGAAAGGCUUCUAUGUUGAGCCGACAGUCUUCUCCAACGUCUGUGACGACAUGCAUUUUGCCAAGGAAGAGAUCUUUGGCCCUGUGCAACAGAUUAUGAAGUUCAAAACCAUUGAAGAGGUAAUCGAGAGGGCCAACAACUCUGACUAUGGCCUUACUGCUGGUGUUUUCACCAAUGACAUCAACAGAGCCAUGACACUGUCCGCAGCUUUACAAGCUGGCACAGUUUGGAUUAACUGUUUUAAUGCUCUGAGCUCCCAGUCUCCAUUUGGUGGAUUCAAGAUGUCGGGUAACGGGAGAGAACUGGGUGAGUACAGUCUGAGGGAGUACUCUGAGGUCAAGACCAUCACGGUUAAAGUGAUGGAGAAGAACUCCUAGAAGUGGGAUGUAGGUGCUCUGCUGCCUGUUGAAUGUGCUGAAGCACUGAUUGAAGGAUGUUGCUGGUCUGACCCCACCACCCAACAAAUCCCCAUCCUUAACACGAUCAACUGUGACAUUUAACUUCAUCCCCCACUGGUAACUUGUAAGAACUGAGUGGGGAGAGAAAGAAGAAGCUACACACGAUUAAAGCUGUGUAACUUUUUUCCCCGCUUAUAAAACGCUGUUUUUAUUGUAAACCCUUUGUCCUUGUAAACUUCCAGGAAAAGAGUGUUCAUUGAAACUUUGCUCACCCCUUCUUCCUAGAACAAAAUGUAUUUUACUGAUAUCUAAAAUGAAAUUUCUGACCAGCGUAAGAAACCAGAAAAAAAAACCUAAAUGUUGAUAUUUUAGAUUUGUUUUAAGUUGUGCAUUUCUUUACCAUUAUGAAUUACAGAAAACGUUAGAUAAAAUUGUGUUUGUUCUAUCAAAACCGUCAAACUGUUACAAAGGGGCAAAAUAAGUGCUUAGUUUGUACAUGCACAUUCAUAGUGUCACUGUUCUAAUAUUGCUGAGUUUGCUUGAGACUUCAUGUUUCGGCUAGUGAUCAGAGAGUUUAAGGUUGGUACACUGUAACUUGGUGGUGUGGGUGGAGACACUUGGCUUUGACAUUAAAAGACAAGGCCUCCUAAAAGACCAACCGGAGUGUCCGAAAAUGGACAGUUGUCCAACGGAACUUUUCUCUGCCCAUGGGAUCUGGAGUGAAUUAGUAAAACAGUUGGAAUGUGUAAAGUAAAG